GGCUUUUCGCGGGGACUCCUGCCCUAGCGACGCGCGCCUCGUUGCUAGGGGCGGAGGCGCGGGAGGCUGUGGUGCGUGGUGGCUGCGGACGCCCUCCACUCUGCGCCCCCGCCGGCCUCAGCUCCCGGCCCCGCCAGCCCGCCGGUGGGUAUGGAGCACAAGCAGGGACAGACAACUUCCAGCAACCACAGGGGAUGCCACUGCUCAGCUGCAUCUGAAACGAGCUCCUUCUCACAAGGUUUUGUGUAGGUUCUGUGCAGCGAUGGGGAAACUGCAAAGCAAACUCAAACACAGCACUUACAAAUACAGCAGGCCUGACGAGAUUAUAGAGGAGAGAAUUCAAACUAAAGCUUGUCUGGAGUAUGGCCCAGCCCACACGGAUAGUGUCUCUGUCGUUGCUGCUCUGAACUCAGACCUGUGUGUCUCUGGAGGAAAAGAUAAGACAGUGGUGGCCUAUAACUGGAAGAGCGGGGAUGUGGUGAAAAGGUUCAGAGGACAUGAACGAGAGGUCACGAAGAUAUCCUGUAUUCACGGAUCCAGCCUGUUCUUUAGCGCCUCUCGAGACAGGACAGCCAGGAUGUGGGACCUGCGUGGCCCCGCCCAGCCAAGGCAACAGUUCUCUGGCCAUGCCAUGGUGGUCAGUGGAUUGGCUGUGAGUCCAGACUCGUCACAGCUGUGCACUGGCUCCCGGGACAACACCCUGCUCCUAUGGGACGUUGGGACUGGACAGUGUAUGGAGAGAGCUUCCAUCUCCAGGAACCUGGUCACUCACCUGUGCUGGGUCCCCCAAGAACCAUAUGUACUACAGACUUCUGAAGAUAAAACCAUCAGGUUAUGGGAUAGCCGGGGGCUGCAGGUAGCUCACGUAUUUCCCGCAAAGCAGCAUAUUCAGACCUACUGCGAGGUCAGUGAGGAUGGACACAAGUGUGUCUCCUGCAGCAACGGCUUUGGAGGGGAAGGCUGCGAAGCCACGCUGUGGGACUUAAGGCAGACACGAAACAGAAUAUGUGAAUAUAAGGGGCAUUUCCAGACUGUUGCAUCCUGUGUCUUUCUACCAAGAGCGCUGGCCUCGAUGCCUAUAAUUGCUACCUCAUCCCAUGACUGCAAAGUGAAGAUUUGGAACCAAGACACUGGAGCCUGCCUGUUCACCUUGUCCCUGGAUGGAUCAGGACCCUUGACUUCUCUGGCUGUUGGUGACACCAUCUCCUUACUGUGUGCAAGUUUCAACAAAGGAAUUCACCUGCUCAGAGUGGAGCGCAGCCAAGGGCUGGAGCUGCAGGAAGUGGCAGCCUUCUGAGGCCAGGAGGCACGCACUGGACAAUAUCAAACGUGGCCCGUCCUUUCUCUGUGUGGCUUUGUGUUUCCCUGUGAUCUUGUGGGGAGGGCUAUGUAGGAUACUCUGCUUCCGUCCACUCAGAAGGUCUAUCAGGGUUCGAGGCCAAUGGAAGUCCAGGUGCAGCUUAGAAACACGAUAGGUCUCUGUCUGAGAGUCCGAACAUGGGGUGGAGUGUAUCAGACUGACCUGUGUCUCCACAGAAGAAAAAGCUGCUGGGGGAGAGACUGUUUGGGUGGCCUCGCAGUUACCCAGAUAGGAGAGGGGAGCGCUGCUCCAUAGAGGACAUGGGUUGUGGACGUGACAUUCCGCGGCAGUCACUGCUCCUCCGCAAGGUGAGGAAGUCUAGGCUUCCACGGGGAGGGGCCGCAAAUGCAGGUGGCGCUUCCCAGACCAGUGCAUGAAAAUUAGACCCCAGGGGGCUUGAAAAUGCUGACCACCAAGGGCCUUGC